GCCUGUUUGAAUAGCGGUCAUACUGAACAUUUUGUAUAUGAAUGUGGAACACUUUCCAUGCAGUCACAACCAUGACGCCUACACCACCAAGGGUCAUUCUGUUAUUCAGCGGGAAGCGAAAGGCAGGGAAGGACUAUGUGACAGAUUUAAUACAGAAAAGACUGACAGCAGAGAUAUGCUGUAUACUCAGACUGUCUGCACCUCUCAAACAGCAGUAUGCUAAGGAUCAUAAUCUCGACUACGAGGAGCUGUUGGGUUGUGGUCAGUAUAAGGAGAGCUAUCGUGCUGACAUGAUCCGCUGGGGUGAGAUGAAGAGACAGCAGGACUCUGGCUUCUUCUGUAGACUGGCCAUCAAACAUGCCACACAGCCCAUCUGGCAUCUGCCGUCUCACUAUAUGAGGAUAUGAACACAUGAACUUCAUCUCCAGAGCUGCUCUGAGAGUCGUUUGAGAAUAACUAUCAUAAGAUAAGAUACGCAGAGAAACUCAGAUGUCUUCGCUACCACCCAUAAAAAUAAAAGAGUGGUUUAACUUGAAGAAAUUAUGGCUGACAUAUAUCACAUACUAUCCAUU